UCUGAAGACGAGCCGAGCCACAGCUAACUGCUCAGCGUAAUCGAGAUCUUGUCAUUAACUGCAGUGGAGACUGAGGACAGACGACACAAUGGCUCACAUGGACGCUGAAUUUGCUGUGAAGGGCAGCAGCAUUACUCAAGAGUGGAGUGGACAGCUCCAGCCUGCUCUGGUCGCAACUUUUCUUUUCCUUAUCUGCCUGGAAGCCGGCCUGUGGGUGAGGAACCUGAGGCUCAAGAGAAGACUGCCGGGACCGUUCGCCUGGCCCGUAGUGGGCAACGCCAUGCAGCUGGGCCAGAUGCCUCACAUCACCUUCGCCAAACUUGUUGAAAAAUAUGGUAAUGUGUACCAAAUAAGGCUAGGUUGCAGUGACAUUGUGGUCCUGAACGGCGACAGCGCCAUACGUCAAGCUCUGAUACAACACAGCACAGAGUUUGCCGGUAGACCAAACUUUGUGUCUUUUCAGUACGUGUCAGGAGGAAAAAGCCUGACGUUCACCAAUUACAGCAAAGAGUGGAAGAUGCACAGGAAAAUUGCUCAAUCCACGAUCAGAGCGUUCUCAUCUGCCAACAGCCAAACCAAAAAAGCUUUUGAGUGGCAAAUCGUGGCAGAAGCUGAAGAACUGGUUGAGAUUUUCCUGAAACUAGGGGCUCAGGGUCAUUAUUUCAACCCUUCCCAUGAGCUGACAGUAGCUGCAGCUAAUGUGAUUUGUGCCUUGUGCUUCGGAAAACGUUACGGACACGAUGACGCUGAGUUCAGAGCCUUGUUACAGAGGAUAAACGACUUUGGGCAGACUGUUGGAGCUGGCAGCUUGGUGGAUGUGAUGCCAUGGCUUCAGUCUUUCCCAAAUCCUGUCCGUACUGUCUUCAAGAACUUUAAACACCUGAACAAGGAGUUUUUCAGGUUUGUUCAGGCCAAAGUAGAAGAGCACAGAAAGACCUUCAAUCCCGAGGUAACCCGGGAUAUGAGUGACGCCAUCAUCGGGGUCACUGACAAGACUGAGAAUGACAAGGGACUCGCUGAGGGCUACACUGAGGCGACGGUGGCAGAUCUCAUUGGCGCGGGUCUGGAUACUGUUUCCACUGCUCUUGACUGGAUACUACUUCUCCUAGUGAAACACCCUGAAAUCCAAGUGACACUCCAGCAGCUGGUGGACAAGGUGGUGGGGUCAAACAGGCUUCCCUCUGUGGAAGACAGAGGUCGCCUGGCCCAUCUAGACGCCUUCAUUUAUGAAACAAUGCGAUUCAGCAGUUUUGUGCCCAUCACCAUUCCCCAUUCUACGACCUCGGACGUUACUAUUGAGGGUCUUUGCAUUCCAAAAGACACGGUGGUCUUCAUCAAUCAGUGGUCCAUCAAUCACGACCCCCUGAAGUGGAAGGACCCACAUAUCUUUGACCCCUCACGGUUCCUAGACGAAAAUGGCUCUCUAGACAAGGAUCUCACCAAUAAUGUUAUGAUCUUCUCAGCGGGGAAGAGACGUUGCAUUGGCGACCAGAUUGCUAAAGUGGAGAUCUUCUUGUUCUUUGCAAUCCUUCUUCAACAAUGUCACUUUGAGAAAUGUCCCUAUGAGGACCUGUCCCUAAAUUGUGCCUACGGUUUAACACUGAGGCCUUUGGAUUUUAAGAUCACUGCCAAACCCAGGCGAGAGCAACUUUGAACAGAAGAUGGUAAAAAAAAUAUAUAUAUAUAUAAGCUCACACCUAAGAUAAAUUAAGAUUUAUCACAGAGAAUUUGUAUGCAAUAAUUUGAAUUUUUUUUUUCACGACAUGCUAUGAACACUUUCACAUGGAUAAAAUGUUGUAUAGGUUAUAGUUUUAGUAUAGUUUAGUAUAUUGUUAUAGUUUAAUUGAUUUCACUGUUAAAAGGUCUGUGAAUAGACUCUUGAAGUAACCCUGUGUAGGAUUGAUAUUGUGUCUAUAUAUUGUGUUUAUAUACCUUGAUAAUGCAUAGCACAGCUGUAUCCCUGGCCACUUUCUCAGGUACACGUGCACAAUAUAAUAACAUGCAAUACGUACAACAAUUAUGUUUAUUUUCAAUCAAACUUUAUUUGUACACAACUUUUUUUCACAUGCAUAAACUGCAACUCAAAGCACUUGCUUAUAAUUAUUGUGGUUGUAGUUUUGUCAUAUUGAGGUUUCUAAUAUUUACCCACUUAGUGUAGUAAAUAGGUUAACCAAAAUAUUAAAAACACAUCUCAGUAUGAUACCCAAUAUACCUCCUACAAUGGUAGUCAAAGCUGAGGUGUUAUCUUUAUAAAAGGUAACAAUAUAGUAUGGAGGUGUACCUACAUUUGUGACCAGUGUAAUAGCUAAACUGCUUUGUUUUAUUUGUACAUUGUGUAAAAUACAUUUAUGAAUUAUCACAUUUCCUGAAAAAAAAAAGAGCUGAAUAUGCUGUAUAUAAACAGAAAAUUCUUAUAAUAAACCUGACAAAUAUG